AUGCUUGUUUGUGUUAAUCAACAAAUAAGUAUAUUGUUACAAAGGUAUAGCUAUUUAAACCGUAUAUUUGAACUUUUUGACAAAGCUUUAAUUAAAAAACAUAUAUUAAAGUCGAGCAUCGAGAUGAAUAAUUUCAACCCUGAUAUUGAUUGGUUAGAAAGAGCGAUAUCGGAAAAUUAUAUCAAGUGUUAUGAUUUUACAGAGUUCACUAAUUGGGAAGAAGAUAGCUGCGGUUCUUAUGGAAAUGUUUCAUGCGCAAACUGGAAAGGUUCUGAAACUAUCAUUGCUCUAAAACAUUCUUAUAAUUUGUCUAUUAAAGAGAUGGUCAAUGAGGUAAACUAUAACAAUGUAAUUUAA